UGGGGGCGGAUGGAGGCGGCACGGAGGCCGCGCUCGGGGCUGCGCAGCCGGAGGCCGUCCUCGGGGGGCGGCGGCCGCGGGGGGCCCCUCCCGGGGGAUGGCGGCGAGUGCGCGCGGCCGUGGGCGGAGCUGCUGCGAGCUGGGAGCGCGGAUCUGAGCCCCGACGGAGAGCUGCCGUCGCUGCCCGCCUUCCCCGGCCCGGAGCCCGGCCGAGGUCCCGAGCGCACCGCGCCCCCCGAGGUGUUCACCGUGGGAGCCCGGACCUUUUCCUGGACGCCCUUCCCACAGGCCCCGAGGGGAGGCGGGGACCCAAGCCGUUCCUACCGGGUGCUGCUUGGGGCCCGGGGACGCUCGGGGUCCCCUGCCCGGUCCCCGCAGCGACGCCCCGCGCCUCAGCCCCGCGGGAUCCCGGGUCCCCAGGAGCAGCUGUGGGAGGCGACCCUGCGGAGCUGCCCCCCGAGUGCCAGGCCAACUUCGCCCCCAGUCGGCCCCACUGGACGUUGAUGGCCACCUUGCUCGGUGCCUGGCGGAAAGCACGGGAGACGUGGCGUGGUGAGCCUAGCCAGUGCGGAGGCCCAGCCUCGCCCUGCUGGAACCGUGUCCUCUCCGUCAUGGAAGCCACGUGUUGAAACAUCAGUGUGGACUCCUGGUGUGGUGUGUUUGUAUCGGGACUGAAACCCGGGCUCCCCUCCCUUUUUGGCUGACGCUAAGCGGAGUGCUCUCCUGCCAUCCGGGAUGGACAGAGUCGUCCCUCAGCAGAGGGACCAGGCCCAGGUGGAUGAGCUGAGACUCAUGAGCAGAACUGGCCACGUCUGCGGACAGGCGGGGGCAGCACGUUUUCCUGCCUCCGCAGACCCCGCUCACACCGUGUUUUAAUUCCCCAGAUGAAGUGCUCAUUACUCAGUGUCGGCCACUCACGGGUGGGUGGGGACUUAAGUGCCGGGAUCGGGCCAGGCGCCAUCGCAGUGGGCAGGCCAGUGUGCCAGAACAUUCCACAUCAGCCAGGUGGUGUUGGGCUUCCGGGACCAGUGGAAAAUGGGGCACAAGAGCACCCAUAGGGUAGCUCUCCUUCCAGUGCUGACAGCCCACAGAUUCUGGAAGAGCUGGGCUUUCGUGGCACCCACCGUGGCCACAGAGCUGUGGCGGCAGGGAGUGGGUCACGAGCCACGAAGACACCGUGGAAGAACCUAACUGCAUGUGACUAAGGGAAAGACGCUAGUCUGCGGACCGCCUGCUGCAUGACCCCCUGCUGCAUGAUGCCCUGUAGAGGUUUCUGGAAAAGGCAAAACUACAGAGACAGUAAAGAGACCUGUGGUCACCCACGGACGGGCACACAGGACUUCGGGCAGUGAGGCCACUUUGCAUGAUCUGCACUGGUGGGUACAUGUCAUCAUUUUGCCCAAACUGCGCUGCGCCCCCAAGAUGUGCACCGAGCACCCUGGGGACGAUGACGGUCUGUGCGGUUCAUCGGUGGUCACAAGUGGCCCCUGGGAAGGGAGGGUGGGGGUGGGGGUGGCGGUACGUGGGGGCAGGGGCACUGGGAAAUCUCUGCAGAUGCCCCACAAUUUUGAUGUGAACCGAAAAAUGCUCUAUAUAAAGUCUAUUUUUUAGAAAACGCUUUCCAGGGCGCCUGGGUGGCGCAGUCGUUAAGCGUCUGCCUUCGGCUCAGGUCAUGAUCCCAGGGUCCUGGGAUCGAGCCCCACAUCGGGCUCCCUGCUCGGCGGGAAGCCUGCUUCUCCCUCUCCCGCUCCCCCUGCUUGUGUUCCCUCUGUAAUAAAAUCUUAAAAAAAAUAACGCCUUCCAAAACUAUUUCCUGGAAACACCUACUUUUAUCAGAAAUAAUAGUAUGCGUGUUCCUCCAAGUCUUUCUUUAGUAGAUGUGAGAAGCCUGCCCUGCCUCGGCCCGCCAACGCUGGCUGUGGGAGGAAGACGGCCGGGGACGGGCGCUGCCCGCUCACCACGCCAACCACAGACCGCGCCGGCCAUGGCCACGGCGUCUCCGUCCACGGACCAUCCAGACAACCCAUGCUGCUCACAAAUGUUGGGGCUGCUGCUUCCAACCCCCACUGCAGUACUACCUUCCCCUUCUUGAAUUUAUAAAGCAGAUGGCUCUACGUGUCCCCCUGAGCCACCAGCCCGGCCAUGUGCACAUGUCUGCACAAGACCCGCCCAACUGGAACCUGAGCCGCUGUUUGGCAACAAUAAAUCAAUGCUUUCAGUCUCAACAAA